AUGGCUCAAGUGAUAUGGAAUUCUGAUAUUGAUGUAUAUAAUAAAGAUGUAAUACCAUUACUGAUUGCUAAAAAUAUUGCCAAUUAUUUACCAAUUAAAGAUUUAUUAUUAUUUGGAUUAGUUUCAAAAAAUACUUAUGAAGCAGUAAAUGAUAAUAAACUUUGGGUCUCCUUUUUGAAAAAUAUGGAUGUUUGGAGUAAAGCAAUACCCAUCACAAAAGAAGAAAUUAGAAGAAAUCCUAAAAUGCCAUAUUUAGAUAAUCCAUUAACUUGUUUAGAUUAUGUUUAUCGAUCACCAAAAAAUGCAAAAUAUCAAACACUAAAAAUUCAUAAAUGCCUAUCGAAAUAUUAUUAUGAACUACUAAUAAACAAGGGGUAUGAUAAAUUGAGGAUUUUUAAAGACUUCCAGACACCAGAAGAACAAGCUAAAAUACUAUCGAAUUUAUUGUCAUAUAACAAGAUAGACUAUAAUGAGGAAUCAAGAAUAACUGUACAUGAUAAAUUAUUUGAACUAUUUGAAAUUUUUGAGAAUGCGUUGUUAAGAGAAUUGGAGAUUCAUUUUGAUAUUGAAGAUUAUGAAAAGACUAGACAAUUUGUAUUAAUUUUAAUUUCACUAAAAAAUCAGCAAACAUUAAUUGAUUUUUUUCUACAAAAGAGUAUAUUUGAUGAGGAUAAAGAAAUUUUUGGAUUAAGUCAAUCAACAAUUGAAAGUCUAUUUAAAGAUAAUGUAAUAAAUAAUGAUGAAUUUGGAAAAUUGAUAGCAAAUAUUGCCAAUGUUUUCAAUGAACAAUCUGAAAUUAUUGAUAAAAUAUUUCCUCAAUCUGUUCCCAUGAUGUAUAAAGUUUGUGAGGAAUUGAUAGCAAAUCAACUAAAUGAAUUAGUUAUGGUAAUUACUGAAUCAUCAAAAAAGUAUGGCUUGUAUUUACAGGUUGUUCCUUAUAUUUAUAAUGAAUUGUCUACCACAUUAAUAUCACAAUUUAAACCUUCAAAAAAUGUAGGUGAACCAUAUAAUCAAUUAAUAAGUGAACUAAUAGAUAUGCUGUUUGAGUCAUUUGCUGCAGAAUAUCUGAGAGAAGAGAUUUCACAAUUUAGAGUAACAGCAAAAGAUAAACUAGUGGAGUGGAAUCAACAAAUUUCUCAAAGAGAAGCAGAAGCCUCGCUGAAAAUUUUGGAGAGUGUAAAAAUCGAAUCAAAAAAUGAUUUUUUAACAAGUUUCAAAAAUGUCUUCACAUUGAAUACUUUAAAGGAUACAACAUCUAAAGAAAAUGCAGAAAUGCUUGCAAAAGCUAAAAUAUUAUCAGAGAAUAUUAAAUCAUUAGAUAAGAUUUUCAGUCCUGAAGUUGUUGUUGAUUUAUUGAACAAUGCAAGAUCUUCCUUAAAUAGGCUACUAAUAUUCAAAGACUUCUCAAUAUCAUCGCUACGUGGAGAUAUAUAUCAGUCUACUCAAGAUAUUUUCAUGGAUGUAAUGGAAAUUAUUGGACUAGAGCAUUUAAGACCUGGUUUCGAGAAAGCUUUAACUUACUUACAAACUUAUAAUCCCAAUUCGCCAACUUAUACUACUCAACAUAAUGAAAAAUUUGCAGAACCGAUUGUACUUUUCUUUGAUUUGAUUAAUAUGGCAGAUAUUAUUAUUCAAAUGAUUGACAUAUUUUACAAAGAAGAGAUGUUAAACAAACAAGUUAUUAAACAUGAAAAUAGUAUACUAAAUCCUUCAUUACAAAGUAAAAAGAAACUAGAAGCAUUAGUUGAUAAAAAUGUUGCAGAUGGUUUAAAUAUAGGAAUUGAAUUAUUAGUUCAUCAAAUUGAAAAUACAUUUAAAGAACAUUUAUUAGAUACAGAUUAUAAUCCGAUAGAUGAAUCAACUACAAGUUUUGGGACCACAGAUGCAGCAAGGAGAGCUACUCAAUUACUAGAAGAAAAUAUGGAUUUACUAGUUGACAGUGCAGACAAAUCUGUUGUUGAUGUUUUUCAACAAGAAAUUGCAGAAAGAUUUUUUCAAGUAAUUGUCAAACUCCUUAAGAAGAGAACAAUAUCAGUUGCAGGUGCAACUAACUUGAUUUCAGAUUUAAACUUAUAUUAUGACUUCAUAGUUGAACAUAUCAAGACUAACAAGAGAUUAGUUGUACCUUUAUAUCAAGCUUUGAAAAAAAUUGGUAAUUUGUAUUUAAUAAGUGGUGAUGACUCAAAAUCUAUAGGAAAAUUAGUUAGUGAUUUAUCUAAAUUUAAUGGAAUUUUUGGACAAGAAGAAAUUUAUGAAUUUGUUCAACGAAGAAAAGAUUGGCCAUUAAUUAGAAAACACGUUGAGAAAGUUAUAAUACCAAUACGACAAGUAAACCCAAAGAUCUUUAUAUGCACAAAAUGUUUGUUUUCAACUUCAAGUUUUUUAUAUGACAUUCAAAAUGCUUCACCAAAUCGAGUCCAGCAAAUUUUAAGUUCCAAUACAAACUAUGACAUUAUCAAAAACCUAAAAGAUACCUACCCAACAAUCAAAGCUACGUUUCUUGAAGAUCUUACAAAAUUGAAUAAAGAGAAUCUACCGUCCAAAUUUUUAAUAAAGAAAGUCCCAUCAAAUUACUUAAUGACUGAUUUAGUCGAAGUAAUAACUAGAGAAGAUGAAAAACUAGUCAUGCAAAGUGUGAAACUAUUAAAAGGGGAAUACAUAUUGCCCAAAAAUUUUCGUAUAUCAGAUAGCAUUAGUCAAAUACGACGUAAUUUUUUACACUACUUAAUCAAUACCAAUCAACUUUCAUUAGCAACAACAUUAUUAUUACAAUACAAGGAGAACAAUAUCAAAUAUUACGAUCAAGACAUAUCAUUAUUAAUAAAUGUAAUUAAAAACAGUUCGAUAAGAGACUUUCCCAUAAAUUCAUAUUGCAAUUUACAAGUCAUAGAAAAUUUCAAAUUAAAUACCCUAGACUUAUAUAAAAGUUUAAAAUAUCUUACAUCAAUUCAAAUUGGACAAUUUUAUUCAAAUUAUUUGUAUUUCAAACUACACGAAGAAAGGACAUUACAAGAUUUCAGUUCAAAACAAUUUAACUCCAUUUUAAUUUCAAUGUUGAGGAUUAAUUUUGAAAAUAAUAAUAUCAUAAAAGCUUUACAAAUAUGGAAAAUCUCCAAAGACAUGAUCACGAAUAUUCCAGAGGCAGAAACUAAAGAACUUGUCAAAUUAAUAACAGAAAUUUUCAAAUUACAUCAUGACCAGAACUCAAUAGCAAAAGAAAUCGAAACAGUUCCAGAUUUCAUAAAUGAUUUACCAGAAUUUUUAAACUAUAGACUAGAUUACUAUUCAACUCAUUCAGUUCUAAAAUUUAAAGAAUUAAUUAAACAAUUAUCAAGUCCAUUAAAAAGAUCAUCAUUGACUUCAUUACUAAAUGGUUUUAUUACAAUUGGAGAUGAAUUAAAUUCUGAAAAAAUUAUAGAAAUUAUUUUUCAACAUUCAAAUUUGAAUCAAGAUGAAUUGAAUUUAAUUGUUGAGAAGUUGUUACAGGAAAAGAAAUUAAAUGAAGCUUUAUCAAUGAUUAGAAGAAUGAAUUUAGAAAUUAGUAAAAAAAGUUAUUUGACUAUAUUCAGACAUGUUGAAGAUUUGGAGACAGAUCAGAAUAAGAUUCAAUCAUUUUAUAAAGAGCUUUUUUUAAAAUUCAUGAAAUUAAAUUUUAAUGAUGAAAUACUACAAUCAUUUACAAUUGAAAUAAUUAAAAAGCUUUCUCAAAUAGACAAUAAACAAGCAUCAAGGUAUUUAAUUAAAUUUAUGCAAAAAUUAGAUUUUCAAAUAUAUCAAAUAAAUAAAAUUGAAAAUUUUAUAGAUUUUGGAAAAUAUAAAAUGUUAAAUGAAUUUGAAAAAUUAUUAUCUUUAAAUAAUUUUGGAAUUAUUGAAUGUUUAAAAAUUGUAUCACGUCAAGCUUUAUCUGAUAAGGAUAAUAUCAUAUUAAGAUGGUCAAUAAAUGAAUUUAGGAAAUCAGGUUGGGAAAUCUCUACGAUAACUGAGUAUUUGAGUUACUAUGAUGAUCAAAAUUACUUGAAAAGAGUAUUGAAAAAAAGAGCAUUUAUAGAUUUACAAUAA